AAGCGUGCUCCUGAGACUUAUACUUUGGGCUGCUGGUCGGACUUCCGUGUCUGUGCUACUUGGUGUUGAUUCCGUCGCUGCUGGGCUAUUGCUGGGAUCCCUACUACGGCCCUGAUCCUCCUGCGAAGCUACUAACCUACAUCAGAUAAUACGUAUUCAUCUAUUCUGAAUACCGACAGAAUGGACUACGCACUCACAGCUCUCGACGCGGCGAAGUACAUACAUGGUCUCAUUGAGAAGCAUUCAAAAAACAGGAAGACGCUUAUGGAUGUUUCGCUCCGCUUAGUAGAUGACAUACAGCGCCUUGAAGACAUUCGAGAAUCAUGCGGGAUAAGUGACUCGAUACCGGAGCUGGACGAGGAGAUAGCUGCUUAUCAGAAUGAUCUAAACGAGCUCUUAGACGAUUGUCAGAAACUAUUUUGAAGAGAAACCGGGAUUCGGCAGAAAGGUAAAACACUUCUACAGGACGAGGAUAAACGUUGGAGAUAUUGAAGAAAAACUCAUCAAAUUUGAGAAGAGGGCAGACCUCGCGCAGAGGCGAUUUGAGAACAAGAACCAAAUCAACAUGCGUGUAGAGCUUAGACAUAUCCAUGCAAGGCUCAUGAGUCCUGCAGCUGAACUCGAAAGGUCACUGGGUAAUCAAAUGGCUGAUCAACAAGAGUGGCAGGAGCUGGAUCAGGACGAGGUGCAAAUACAAGUACGGAGGGAAGAUGACGAUGGCAAUGAUACUGAUUCGCAAGAAGAUUCGGAGGGCGGAUCUGCCAAGGAUUUGGACAGGCUAAAUGGUGAAUCUAGACAACGUGAGGAGGAAAGGUGGAAAUGGAAGCAAGAUAAACCCUCGGAGAACGAACCGGACGAAGAAGGCUCAGAGGAGAUGGUGCUUCUUAUACCAGACGUUUCCAAGAUCUCCCUCAACGAUGAAACUCUUAGCAUGGGCUCAGAGAAUGGCUCAACUGAAACACGUAGUCGUACGCCAGACGUCUUCAGCAUCUCUCCUAGAGAAAAUCCACAAGAUGAAACAUGGUGCCUGCCAAAUUCGCGACCACCGGUUACACAACCAGCGGUUGCAAACCAUCAACCAUCAGACGUGCUCGGCUGCACGUCUGGUUUCGAGAAUGAUUCUGAUGAAGACGGCAGUUCAGUUAUCCCGCAGCACACCAUACCCGACGACGAGUCUAAAGUACAUGAAGUGCGUAUGAGGGUGUCUUCAGAGCGUAUAGAAGAAUCCAAGAGGGGGAAAAACUCGAACGCAAAAGUACACCCAAGGAGAAUGACUAUGACUAAGAAUGAAGCAGUACAGGAGACCCGGAAGCUGCUCAACGAUAUCCGCGAUCCAGACUCGUGUACCCCAGUAACAUCGUGGAUCUCAAAGGCAAACAAUUUGUCGGUUAUUCUCGAGCAGAACUUAGACAUGCUUUCUGAGGCGUUGCAGCUUUCUGAGAUGUGUGUCUCACUCUCUCAUCAACUGUCGGAUGAAUACCCCACAGCGUUUAGACCGUUAUUAGCCUCAAAUUUACGCAAUCUGGCAAAACGAUUAUGGAAGAACAGACAAUCGGGCCAAGCCUUAGAGCACUCGGGAAAAGCUGUUUCACUCUACAGACAACUCGUAGAGGAGGACCCAGAGGCACAUAAUCCGGAACUCGCAGCAGCGCUGAUGACGUAUGCCAUCGAUUUAUCCGAAGUUCGUCGACACGAUGAAGCUCUUGAACCAAUGGAAGAAGCUGUCGAAAUUCGGAGAGUGUUGGUGGAGCACAAUCCCGCAGAAUACACAUUCGACCUCGCAGAAUUGCUUAAGAAUUAUUCUAUUUUGCUGGUGAAGCUUGGUAGGAUCCAAGAUGCCUUAGUUGUACGUCGGGAGGUUGUUGAAAUCCAAGAGGAGCUUGCGGAACAGGAUCCGAAGAAGUAUAACCCCUACCUAGCAUCAGCACUCAAACUCCUUUCUUCGAUCUUGUCGGGCAUCCACGAGUAUCAGGAGGCACUUGAAGUUCAAGUUCGCCAUGCUCAAGUAAGGCGUGAGAUCUCAGAAAAAGAUCUGGAGAAACAUGCAGCGGAUAUAAUAAGACAGCUGUUUACGUAUUCUUUCAAGCUUGCUGAUCGAAAGCACCGUGAGGAAGCACUAGAGGCUGCUGAAAAGGCCGUCGAGCUCGCCGCGUGGCUUGCGAAAGACGAUGUCCACAAUACUAGGCAUGUCCAAAAUGAUAACGAUGUGGAUGAUAAUAAUGACGAACUUGAGGAUGACGAGGAUGAUGGUGAUGGUGAGGAUGACGAGGUAAGCGACGGGAGCGAUGACAGUGAACCCGAUCCGCAUACCUCCCUCCUAGCAGAAGCUUUCACUGUACUGAGCGACAGAUUGUACGAGAUCAAGCGUGACAAGCCCGCUUUGAAAGCAAUUUUACGAGCUGGGGUCCUUUGGGAGACACUCAGAAGGCACGACCCCGACUCCGGCAAAUAUAAAUUCAAUUUCGCAAGGUCUCUAGAUAAGCUUUCGCAGAGGUGGUCAGUACUUAACUUGCAUAAAAAGGCACUCAAAGCGGCGAAUCGUGCUGUCCAGCAAUGGGAAGAUCUUGUCGUGUCGAAUGACAGACAUUUACCCCAUUUGGGAGAGCGUACGAAAUGCUCUCAUUACGGUUCUCCAAAGGAACUUGUAGAACGGAAUGCACGUUUACAUGAGCCCGGUCUAGCACAGUCGUUAGUCACUCAAUCUAUCGCAUUCGCAAAGGCGGGGCGUCGGAAGGAAGCGCCAACACCAGUAGAGGAGGCCGUGGAUAUGUACAGGCGGCUUGCGGAAAAUAAUCCGAAGGUCUACAAAAGAAAGCUCGCUUACUCCUUGCACGAAUAUGCUGGACGACUUUCGGCGGUGGGCCAGAAGGGACAGGCUCUCGAGAUCGUCACAGAGGCCGUAGAUAUCUAUAAGCAACUCGCGAAGGACAAUCCGGACACUAUUCCCUCGCAUCCAGCGGCGAGCAGUAACCCGCCAGUCCCUUGGCAGAAUAUUUUGUCACAGACUUCUGUUCGGGCUAGGGAUUAUGAAGUUGAUUUUAGCAGGGAGGUAACCGAGGUUAAGAAAAUCGUCAUGCUCAACCUUUGUCUCUUUGUCGUGGCUACUUUCCUUCUUAUGGACAGUGCAGAAAUUCCUGCAAUGCUGACAAGUUCGUUCUAG